ACUGUGUAGUGAUGUUAGAGGUGCAAGGUUAUUUUGUUGCUUUUCUCCAGUACCUGGUGCUCACAUACUUUUCGCGUGAUUCCUACUGUACGGUUAUCUAUUAUGAUCGUCAAAUGACAGAUGCGGAUAAAGAAUGCGAUCAAUACUGUUUGAUGCUUCAGGCAGUUGAGCUGGCUUUUGGCCAACUGAACGAUGAUCAACCUGCUGUGAUGUGGAUAUCAGCUGAAUCGGAUACGGAAGAAAUGCAUCUUGAAAAUGCAAUUGAAUAUGGUUGUCAAUCGUACAUUGUUAUUAGCCAGAGGGUGAUGGAAUUUCUACAAACAAAAUUAACUGUGAAAGAGAGGACGUUGCAAAGAAUACGCGACAGGAAUUUUCUAAUAUAUUCCGAAAACAAAGCACUACUCGACAACAGCUCCAUAACAACAACAGCAUUAAAAUUUUUUCCCAACCUCUGGUUUUUAGUUCCGUCCAGUAACACCAGCUAUGAUUUUUAUACCCAACAAAACUGGAACGAGGUACCGUCGAAGAUUAUACUAGCGGACAGUUACGACAUAGUCGAACGGAAGUUUACCGGUGAUGGAAAUCUGUAUUUGGACAAGCUGUUCGAUCUACAAGGUACAACGAUUAACAUGGGCGUUACCGACUACGCACCUUACUGUGUGACAAAAAAUGUUGGCGCCAACCAAGGUAACGCCGAUGCCUUUAAUUCAAGUGUGCCCAAAGAACUUUUCAUCGACGGACUCGAAGGAUCGUUGAUAGUGGAGUUUUGCAAAAAUCGAAACUGUAACAUCAAACUGUGGCCAUACGGUCCCAGUGAUUGGGGAGAAAUUUACCCCAACGGAUCCGGUUACGGCGAAAUUUAUUCCACUUACACGAAACAAACCGAAUUUUCGAUUUGUUGUCUGUAUUAUACUUGGUUCCGUUCGAUGCUGGAUGCAAGUCAGUAUAUUGCGAAAUCCACUAUAACCGUACUAGUUCCAGGAGCAAAACUGCUUCCGACAACUCUAACUCUCACGUACCCUUUCUCAAAAAUUGUAUGGUUUUCAAUCUUUCUUAUGUUGGUGAUAAUGACCGUCGUUCAUCAUAUGAUAACAACCAUUAACCUGAAGCAAAGCUUCAACAGAGAUACACCUCAGCCACCGAUUGAAAAGUCUAUUUUCGACAUGAUCUCAAUCUAUUUAGAUCAAGGAAUAUUUCCAAACUCUGCGUCCUCAUCCUACCGAGUGCUGAUUUCCUUCAUACUUUUAUCUGGAGUCGUUCUAAGCAAUUCCUAUGCUAGCGGUUUAGCAAGCGUUCUAACUAUACCAAGAUAUGGAAAAUCAAUCGAAAACAUACAUGACUUUGUGGAAUCAUCUUACCGAUGGGCCGCCCCGGCUUGGGCGUGGGUUCUUUCCUUAUACGCGGCUGACACGUACGACAUCCGUCAAGUGGUGAACAGGUUUGAUAUGAUUCCGGAUGAAGACGAAAUAUUUCGCCGAACGCAGGCUGGUGACUACGGAGUUGGUGUAGAGUUGUUGAACGGUGGCAACUAUGCUUAUGGGGCGUCUGUCCGAGAGGAAAAUGUUCACCUAUUCGAUAUUAUGAAAGAAGAAUUGUAUUUUUCCUACACAAUCGCAUACUCACAACGGGGGUGGCCAUUGAUGGAAUAUUUCAACAAGUUCAACCUGGAAGCAGUGCAGCAUGGAUUCAUCAUAUACUGGGAAGGACAAACGAUUCGUAAGUAUAUGAGUAACCGUAUGGAGCAUGCUUUGGCCCUCGUUUCUGAAGGUCAUAAUGAUAAAGAAGAGAUAAAGCCACUGUCAGUACAGCAUAUCCUAGGCCCGUCGUUUGUAUUGCUGGUCGGUUUGACUGCAGCGACCGUAAUGUUUAUCUGUGAGCUGAUGUGGAAAGCCUUACAUGUUAGUAUUGGGCAAUUGCUACGAAAAGCUAAGCUAGCGACGAAAAGGCGAGCCAGUGGGUUAUUACAAACAACCAAUACAAACUUCAGCGGAGCAAUAAUGAUACAGGAUCAAGCAGAACUAGUGGCAUUCUUUCAGUACCUAGUCCUGACGUACUUUUCGGGUGACAGUUAUUGUACGGUUAUCUACUAUGAUCGGAAAUCAUACGAAUGCGACCAGUACUGCUCUGUAUUGCUCGUAGUUGAACAAGCCUUGGCACAAUUGAAGAAUUCACAAAUACCCGUUGUAUGGAUCGCUUCUGAAUCAGACACUGAAGGAAAACAUCUCACAAAUGCAGUCGAAAUAGGUUGUCAAUCAUAUUUAGUUGUAACGCGAAAAGUAAUGGAUUUUUUUAAACUAAAACUGACUCUGAAGGAGAAGACAAUGCAAAAAGCACGCGACAGAAAGAUUCUCAUAUAUUCUGAAAACAUUACAUUUCUAGACAGUAGUUCGAUUGCAAGCAACGCCUUAAAAUUCUACCCCAAUCUGUGGUUCAUUGUUGGAUCUGGCAAUGACAAGUACGAUUUCUAUACUCAACACUACUGGAACGGUAGUCCGUCGGAUAUACGAAUUGCAGACAGCUACGACAUUGCCGAAAGUAAAUUCAUCGGCGGCGGAAACCUUUUCUACGACAAAAUGUAUGAUCUGCACGGAACAACAGUCAACUUAGGAGUCACUGACUACGCACCUUACUGUAUCACAACCAAUGUUGGGGUUAACCAAGGAAACGUAGAUGCUUACAAUUCCAGUUUACCCAAGGAACUUUUCCUAGAAGGUUUUGAAGGGUCGUUAGUAGUUGAAUUCUGCGAAAUGCGAAACUGUAGCAUUCGGCUGUGGCCAUACGGUUCCAGUAACUGGGGAAACAUUUUCCACAACGGAUCCGGUUACGGGCUCAUCUACUCCACAUAUAUUAAAGAGACUGAGUUUGCGAUCUGCAGUUUAUAUUACAACUGGCACUUUCAAUUCCUUGACAGCAGUCAGUAUAUUGCAAAAUCUUCUAUAACCACACUGGUUCCAGGAGCAAAACUGCUUCCGACAUCACUGACUCUCACCUACCCCUUUACGAAUAUUGUAUGGUUUUCGAUUUUUAUUAUGAUGGUGAUAAUGACCGUGGUCCAUCAUAUGAUAACCAGCUUGAAUCUGCAACACAGAGAGACAUUCCAACCACCGAUUGAAAAGUCGAUUUUCGACAUGAUCUCAAUCUAUUUAGAUCAAGGAAUAUUCCCAAACUCUGUGUCCUCGUCGUACCGCGUGCUGCUAUCAUUCAUCCUUUUAUCUGGGGUAAUUUUGAGCAAUUCCUACUCCAGUGGUUUGGCUUGUGUGCUUACCAUACCCAGAUACGGAAAAUCAAUUGAAACCAUACAUGACCUGGCACAGUCGCCUUAUCGAUGGGGUGCUCCGGACUGGGCUUGGGUUUUUUCUCUCUUGGAAGUAGAUUCGGCCGACAUACGUCAAGUGGUGGCCAAGUUCGAUAUGAUUCCUGAUGAGGAAAAGAUCUACCAACGUACUCUGCCUGGGGAUUUUGGCGUUGCCGUCGAAGUACUGAACGGCGGAAACUAUGCCUAUGGAUCGUACGUGCGUGAGCAGAAUGUCCACCGGUUCGAUAUCUUGAAGGAGGAAUUAUACUUUUCCUAUUCAAGUGCCUACUCACAACGGGGAUGGCCAUUGAUGGAAUACUUCAAUAAAUUCAGUCUGGAAGCAAUACAGCACGGAUUCAUCAUAUACUGGGAGAGACGGACGAUUCGUAAAUAUAUGGGUUACAGAAUGGGACAUGCACUGUCUCGGAUGGCCGAAGGCCACAAUGAGAAAGAGGAGCUUAAAUCACUUUCUUUACAACAUAUAGUUGGUCCAAUGUUUGUGAUAGUAAUUGGGUCUACAAUAGCGAUGGCGAUGUUCAUCUGUGAACUGAUUUGGUAUUCUUUAUGUAAAAAGUAUACACAAAAGAUUCAUUGCCCAGAAUCAUGACAACAUGCAACUUUAAAUGUUGUACCGAAACCUCUUCUCGCCCAUGUUGUUUGAAAGCAACAAAGUUUUAAAUAUCUGUAACCUUUGAUAUAUCCAACAUUUGCUCACAAGGUAUAGCCUUUUCUUUAAGCACUAAGUUUGUACUAUCCGUAGAAUUAAAAUUUUUGCAAUUAAUCUGAUUAAAUUUCGCUGGAGCAGUGUGACCAGGAAAAGUUACAGUAAAUGGUAAAAAUAUUUUUUAAAUAUCUUCUUGAGUUCAAAUAAACCUAUCAAUUUAGAUUGUUAUCGAUUACGUUUUCCAUGCAAUUGCACCAUAGUAAAUAUUCUGUACAUAUUUUAGGAGAAUCGCAUUGAGCAUCAAAAGAUAAAAAAAAUUGCAGCUUCUGACACUCCGAGAAUUUUUGACCAAGUUUAAACGAAUUUGUUUGAUCUAUUUUGACCAAGUUUUAACGAAACAUACUUUUGGAACCCUAUAAUAUUAUAUGAGCUGGAAAAAGAUUGGCACGUAUAUGUUAAUUCAAAGUAUCCUUUACAUUUCAAUGCAAAAAUCCCA